AUGUGUGUGGCAGCGACAGGCCCUAAUGCCAUUCCAGUCUCCCUUGAGUGGGGGAGCGAACUCUUCCGCACUGCGGGAAGAACUAAUACGAGCGAUGGGCACGCGGAAGGGACUCAGCCGCUUUCGGAAACGCCGCGGGAAUCUGGGUCAGCGUCGAUCCUGAGUGAAGAGACUCCGGACGCGACGACGGAUGGCAGCAGGAAGUCUGCAGAGGCAACAAAAGACGGCUAUAGGUCAGAUGUGACAGAGGUUGUGCCACACUGGUGGAGGGAGACUUGCACGAAAGAGCCUUACGACCAAGGGGGAGCGUUGUGUUGUGUGGGAGCGACGGCGGUAGUUCGCGUUGAGCUCGCAGGGAGUCCUUGUGAGGCUCUCUUGGACACUGGGGCUUCGAGAAGUUUCAUUAGUCCUAAAACAGUCGAACGACUGCAACUGAAAGUGCGGAGACUUCCAAAAGAGCAUAGGUUCACCGUAGCUAGAGGUGCACAACUACGCAUUGAUCGGAUUGUGACGGGAUUGACGAUGUGGUGCGGACAUGCACGUUUUUCCGGGGACUUUUUAGUGGAACCCGUUCCCUAUGACUUAGUCUUGGGUUUGGAUUGGCUGACGGAACACAAGGUGGCGUGGUGUUUUCAGUCAGACAAACUCCGAACCUACGUGAAUGGCCAUUGGUGCGAGUUACCGGUCGUUCGGACUGGUGAAGCAAAGCUGCGAGGUGACAGUCCCACUGUAGUCCACCCAAGGACCCCAGCAAAGCAAGCAUAUGAGAUACUGGCCAAACAAGUGGCGGGUAUGUCACCCGAGGAGGCAGCUAUAUUCCUACGCCCGCCUCCAAGGAGGUGUAAGUCCCAUGCGAAGACUAAGGCGAAGGCGCGGAUAACGUCACUCGUUCGUCAGGGGCCGGCUGAAACGAAGGAUCUCAGCGCUCCAUUUCACGGUUUGCAUCUCAUACUGGCUUUGCCCGAAGCCGGUUCGGCAGUGCCCCUAAGGCUCCCGGAUGAAUGGCAAGGCGCGCUUUGUUGCGCGUUAAUUGGGAAUCAACCCACGUCCUCCGGCUGGCGUAGUCCUUUGGCCUCAACCGCCUCGGUGGCAGCGGAGAGUGACGAGGAGUCUCCCUGA